AUGGUCGGUCGCGAAGGCGUCGCCGUCGCAAAAUGGCUCAACAGUCUUGGCUUCUACGCGUUCGUCCUAGUGCAUCGCUUCCCGAACAGCGAAACAGGUGCUCAAGCGCCGUUAGAUGACGGAAGGAGAGCCCUUAAGAUCAUGGCUGAAAGUGGACUUGCGCCAAAGGGUAUUAGCAUCUGCGGUCUCUCAUCUGGCGGUCAUCUCGGCGCCGCUCUUCUAUCAGAGUAUCCUCAAGUCUGGACAUCACCAGAUCCCGAAAUGCCUCAGAUCGAGUUUGCCAUAUUGGGUUACGGCCCUAUUUCGACGAAUGCAGCCGGCCGUACAAUUAUCGAGAACAAACCUCCUCUUCCACCAAAGGAAAAACAAGAGCUGUACGACGUUGUACAGCCGGAUGUUCAGCUUCGAUCUCCUGCGCCGCCAGUAUUCAUCGUGUACUCCAACAAUGAUCCAGUUGUACCUGUCACCAACGCAUAUCGCUUAGCAGAGGGCUUUACAAAGAGCGGAGCACCUGUCGAGUUACACAUCUUCGCUGAUGCGCCUCAUGGGUUUGCGCUAGAUAGUCCGAAGGAACUACCUGUAUCAAAGUGGCCGGUUAUGUGCGAAGCAUGGCUGAAGCAGAAUAAUUGGAUAGAAUGA